AUGUCGGACGACGAUGAUUUCAUGCAGGACUCCGGCGAUGAGGAGUACGACUUUGAAUACGAAGACGAGGACGAGGACGAGUCGGGCGACAUCGGAAUCGAAAACAAAUACUAUAAUGCCAAGCAGAUGAAAAUCGACAACCCGGAGGAGGCCAUCGAUGAGUUUCUGGGGGUACCUGCUCUGGAACAAGACAAAGGCGAUUGGGGAUUCAAAGGUCUCAAACAAGCCAUCAAACUCGAAUUCAAGCUAGGUCGAUACAGCGAUGCCGUCGAACACUACAAAGAACUCCUCACCUACAUAAAAUCCGCCGUUACGCGAAAUUAUUCGGAAAAAUCCAUCAACAACAUGCUGGACUACAUCGAAAAGGGCUCCGACGACGCCACGGCAUACCAGUGCAUGGAGGAAUUCUACUCGUUGACGCUCCGCUCGUUCCAGAACACCAACAACGAACGUCUGUGGCUGAAGACCAACAUCAAGCUGGCGCGUCUCUGGCUGGAACGUAAGGAAUACGGGCAGCUGAGCAAGAAGGUACGCGAGCUGCACCGGGCGUGUCAGCGCGAGGACGGCACCGAUGAUCCCAGCAAGGGCACGUAUCUCCUCGAACUGUAUGCGCUCGAGAUCCAGAUGUACGCCGAGACCAAAAACAAUAAGCGACUGAAGGCGCUAUACCAGCGCGCGCUGCGGGUGCGGUCGGCGGUACCGCAUCCCAAGAUCAUGGGGAUCAUCCGCGAGUGCGGGGGGAAGAUGCACAUGAGCGAGGAGAACUGGGAAGAGGCGCAGAGCGACUUCUUCGAGUCGUUCCGCAACUACGAUGAGGCCGGAUCCAUGCAACGCAUCCAGGUGCUCAAGUACCUGGUGUUGACGACCAUGCUGAUGAAAUCCGACAUCAACCCGUUCCACUCGCAGGAGACGAAGCCGUACAAAAGCGAUCCGCGCAUUGCCGCCAUGACCGAUCUGGUGGAUGCCUUCCAGCGCGACGACAUCCACGCCUACGAGGCUGUGCUGAGCAAGAACCCGGACGUCCUCGCCGACCCGUUCAUCGCGGAGAACAUCGACGAGGUCAGCCGCAACAUGCGCACCAAGGCCGUCCUCAAACUGAUCGCCCCCUACACACGGUUCUCGCUCGCCUUCAUCGCCAAACACAUCAAGAUCUCCGUCCCCGAGGUCCAGGACAUUCUCAGCUUCUUGAUCCUCGACAAGAAACUGCACGCCAAGAUCGACCAGGAGACGGGUGUGGUCGUGGUCGAGAGCACCAGCGACGUGGACCGGCUCCGCGCCGUCGACGAGUGGAACACGGCGCUGCAAGCCCUGUGGCGCGCAACCCUCAACGACGGCGAUGGCUUCAAAACCGACGAGUCGUCGCAAUUCCCCGGCCUGCGCGGCGGGCCCCUGUUUUACUCCGGGAUAGGCGACGAGACCUCCCCAGCGACAGGCGGGGUGCGAGCGGGCGGUCGACGAUUACGGGGGGAAUGGAAGGGCAAGGGACCUGGGCAUCGAGUCAAGCUGGGGGAGUGA